UGAUUGCAUACCGCCAUUGCUGCACGUGUGUUUGGUGAAAAAAAGUGUUAACAAUGGCAGAAAUCGAGAAAACAAAGAAGAAGAAGAGCAAGAAGUCCCUGGGGGAGGCACAGGUGGCUAUGGACUGCAGAAUGGAGCCCUCUGAUGCUAUUGUCAAGCUUGAAUGCAAGGAUUGGCCUCUGCUCUUCAAGAAUUUUGACAAACUCCUCACCAGGACCAAGCACUUCACCCCCUUGACGAGUGGUUCAACCCCUCUCCACAGACCAAUCGCAGACUACGUGAAGAGUGGCUGCAUCAACCUGGACAAACCCUCGAACCCAUCCUCCCACGAGGUGGUGGCCUGGAUCAAGAGAAUUCUGAGAGUCGAGAAGACUGGACACUCUGGCACUCUCGAUCCCAAGGUGUCUGGCUGCCUCAUCGUGUGCAUCGACAAAACUACGAGACUGGCAAAGUCCCAGCAGGCUGCGGGGAAGGAGUAUAUCGCUGUUUUCAAGCUGCAUCAGGCUGUUGAAGACACCAGGAAGAUAAAUCAAGCGCUGGAGAGAUUACGCGGUGCGCUGUUUCAAAGGCCUCCGCUGAUAUCCGCCGUUAAGCGACAAUUGCGUGUGAGGACGGUUUACGACAGCUGGUUCCUUGAUUACGACAAUGAACGUAACAUGGGAAUAUUUAAAGUUAAAUGUGAGGCUGGCUCCUACGUGAGGACGAUAUGCGUUCACUUAGGUCUGUUCCUCGGGACCGGAUGCCAAAUGCAAGAGCUGAGGAGAAACAGAUCUGGGGUGCAGGAUGAGGAGGACAACAUGGUGACGAUGCACGAUGUACUGGACGCCCAGUGGCUUUACGACAAUCAUGGGGAUGAGUCGUACUUGAGGAGAGUUAUCAAGCCUCUGGAGGCACUGCUGGUCAAUCACAAACGAAUUAUCGUUAAGGACAGUGCUGUGAAUGCUAUCUGUUAUGGAGCCAAAAUCAUGUUGCCAGGAGUACUAAUGUAUGAUGAUGGAAUUGAACUGAAUAAAGAGAUCGUUAUUGUGACGACCAAAGGAGAAGCUGUUGCUCUGGCAAUUGCCAUGAUGACAUCACCAACAAUGGCUGCAUGUGACCACGGAGUCUGUGCUAAAAUAAAGCGAGUUAUAAUGGAGAGAGAUUCGUACCCCAGGAAAUGGGGUCUCGGUCCAAAGGCAUCCGAGAAGAAGAAGAUGAUUCUCGGUGGUAAACUUGAUAAACACGGUAAACCCAAUGAGAACACACCCUCCGACUGGUUGACGAAUUAUCAGGAUUACACAGAAGUCAAGAGAGAAGAAAAUGGAAUUGCUGGCAAGAAGCGAACGCACGAGGAGUCAGAGGCCCCAGCCACCCCCAGUGCUCCAGCCUCUCCUAAAAAGGUGUCCGAGGAGAUGGACGUUGAUGUGACAUCUCCAAAGGAGAAGAAGAAGGAGAAGAAAGAGAAGAAGAAGAAGAAGGAGAAGAAGGAGAGAGAAGAGGAGGCUGAUGUGACACUUCCAACUGAAGCUGAAGAGUCUGAGACACCCAAAAAGGAGAAGAAAAAGAAGAAGAAGAAGAGCAAAGAGGGGGCGGAGUCCUCAUAAUCCAGUCCUGUAAUCAUCCUUCCCUCCUUCAAUCCUUCAUUUUUAACGAUAGGACCAAGACGUGCGAUAAAAUAGGGAUGAAAAAUUGUGCGAAAGCUCAGAAGCUCAGGAAUACGAUGAAUGAUGUACAUAAAGAUGACUGAUGUCUUGGCAUUCGAUAAUUUUCCAUUGAAUGACGUACGAAAAUAAUUUCGUACCAACAAUUCAGCCAUCUUGCCUCAUUGUUUCUUCCUGAAAAUGAUUUUUUUUUAUAUUCAUUAAAUAACAGAUUUAUUUCAUUGCAGAGUAAAAUUGAGAGAGAAUGUAUCCUGUGAGGCAAUUAUUUUGAAUAAAAAGAAAAUAUCCGCAGGGAUGUACGAGUUUUAUUCACAAAUUAGUGAUGAUCGAGAGAAAUAAUUCAGUAAACGUAGAGAAAGGGAAUGAAGAGAAACAAUGAGGGAGAAGAAUCCUGGUAAUCCAGUCCUGUUAUCAUCUUACCCUCCUUCAAUCCUUCAUUUUUAACGAUAGGACCAAGACGUGCGAUAAAAUAGGGAUGAAAAAUUGUGCGAAAGCUCAGAAGCUCAGGAAUACGAGUGAAUGAUGUACAUAAAGAUGACUGAUGUCUUGGCAUUCGAUAAUUUUCCAUUGAAUGACGUACGAAAAUAAUUUCGUACCAACAAUUCAGCCAUCUUGCCUCAUUGUUUCUUCCUGAAAAUGAUUUUUUUUUAUAUUCAUUAAAUAACAGAUUUAUUUCAUUGCAGAGUAAAAUUGAGAGAGAAUGUAUCCUGUGAGGCAAUUAUUUUGAAUAAAAAGAAAAUAUCCGCAGGG